ACUAUGAACAUUUGAAUUGAAUAUAUCUUUGUUUUUAUCUGUGAAAUUUCUAACCUCAAAAUGGAAUUUUAGUUUCCAAUAUAUUUUUCACAUAAAAAUAAAACAAAAUGAGUUUGUUUAUAAGGAAUUACAAGCCUAACAGCUUGGCGAUUGUGUAUAAUGUGAAAUUAUGGCGCUUGAAUUCGACUACAGCCGAUAGCGUGAUGAAAAAAGAUGACGAAGAAGAAGAAGAAUUUAGAGUGCUCGAUAUUUUGAAAAAGAAAGAUAGAAUGCAGAGGAGAGUCGUUCGUAGGGCUGAUAUACAACCUGAUAGAGCUGACAGAAUGGCCUUAGACCAGAAAUGGGGCAACGUUUGGCCUGGUCCGAAGACAUUUCAUCCGUCAUCAGUACCGUUACCACUCCGUCAGGGCUACGUACCAAAAGGCCAGGCUCCACCAGGCAAAAAGGCUAAUGCUGAGCUGAUGAAGAUACCAAAUUUCCUGCAUUUAACGCCACCUGUUAUCAAGAGCCAGUGCGAAGCCUUAAAACAGUUUUGUACCGAGUGGCCAAGCCUUUUAAACUCUGAAGAGGCAAUAGAGAAGCUCUAUCCAGUUGAAGUCAUAACAUCAGACUACUGCCAUGCAAGUCCAUCCAUCCGUAACCCUUUAGCAAGAAUUGUAACACUCCGUUUCAAGCUAUCAACUUUGAGCCUAGACAAACAUGCAAGGGACAAAUUUAUCCGUUUAGUCGGUGAACGAUAUGAUAAGGAGACUGAUCUUGUAACAAUAACCGCAGACCGGUGUCCGGCGAGAACUCAGAACUUGGAUUAUGUGAAUUAUUUGUUAACUGCGUGUUAUCAUGAAGCGUGGAACGUAGAAGAGUGGGAGAAGGAUAAAACUGAAGAUGAUAUGGAGUAUUAUGAAUGGAAUAAUAACGCUUCAAAGAAGAGUUUAGUCAACUGGUUUAUGCGUAUAAAAAAUGAUUUUAAAGAACUGUCUGAAGAAGAAUAUAGGAGUUUUGAUGUGUCCGUAAUUCCCAAUGCUGAAGGUUAUAAAGAAGCGGUGUCAAGUUUGAUGAACGAUGGAGAGAGCGAUGAAACAGUCAGAAAAUAUGGUGUAUCCGUCAGGAAAUUAUUAGGUUUGCCUGAGAAGAAAGUUAUGUAAGUUCAUUUUGUGUAUAAAUAAAAUUGUAAUUAGUGUUA